AUGCUGGUGUUGGAGGCGGCGAUAGACAUGGUCGCUUCUCCCGGACCCCCUGCAGCGGCACAGCCCGGGAUUACCCACAGCCCACAGCCGCCGGUGCCACCGGGCAGCGCCUGGACUCGAACCCGCGGACCAACGACUGAGGUGGGGCCAGCGCCGCCGCUAGGGGGAGACACGCUGCCUGCCCGCCGCGCACGCGCGCGGCCGCCUCUCUCUGCGCGCGCGCGGCCCCGGCCUGGGCGGGGUGAGCGGGGGCGGGGAGGGCCCGGCUCCUCCCGUUCCCCGGUGUGCCCCAGCUCCCGUCCUCCGGUGUGCCCGGCUCCUCCCGUUCCCCGGUGUGCCCCAGCUCCCGUCCUCCGGUGUGCCCGGCUCCUCCCGUUCCCCGGUGUGCCCCAGCUCCCGUCCUCCGGUGUGCCCGGCUCCUCCCGCCCCCCAGUGUGCCCCAGCUCCCGUCCUCCGGUGUGCCCGGCUCCUCCCGUUCCCCGGUGUGCCCGGCUCCUCCCGCCCCCCGGUGUGCCCCAGCUCCCGUCCCCCGGUGUGCCCGGCUCCUCCCGCCCUCCGGUGUGCCCGGCUCCUCCCGUUCCCCGGUGUGCCCCAGCUCCCGUCCCCCGGUGUGCCCGGCUCCUCCCGUUCCCCGGUGUGCCCCAGCUCCCGUCCUCCGGUGUGCCCGGCUCCUCCCGUUCCCCGGUGUGCCCCAGCUCCCGUCCUCCGGUGUGCCCGGCUCCUCCCGUUCCCCGGUGUGCCCCAGCUCCCGUCCUCCGGUGUGCCCGGCUCCUCCCGUUCCCCCAUGUGCCCCAGCUCCCGUCCUCCGGUGUGCCCGGCUCCUCUCCCCCGGUGUGCCCGGCUCCUCCCGUUCCCCGGUGUGCCCGGUUCCUCCCGUUCCCCGGUGUGCCCGGCUCCUCUCCCCCGGUGUGCCCGGCUCCCCCCGCAGCCCCGCAACCCUGGGCCCCGCGCUCCCGGCCCUUCCCUCGUUCUCUCCCGUCAGAGCCGGCCCCUCAGGCCGUGUUGCGGACGCCGUCGCUUGGCAACCGCCCCCCCCCCGGGCGGUGCGCGCACAGGCCGCGCCCCCGCGCGCUGGGCCCGCCUGCGGGGCGGGCCGGGGCUACCGCGGGGCACCGGAGGGGACCGGGCGGUACCGGCCGAUACCGCGAGUGCCGGGGGGCCCUCGCAGUCCGUUGUCCCCCCGGGAUGGCGGCGCUGCUGGCGCUGCUGGCUCUGGCUCCGGCGGUGGCAGGGGGAAUGCUCAGCUUUGCCUCCUACUAUGGUGACCACAUGGUGCUGCAGCAGAAGCCGUCAGGGGCUGUGGUGUGGGGCCACGGGGAGCUAGGGGCCGUGGUGACCCUGACUCUCUCAGGUGCCAGUGGCCUCAUCAUCAUGGAGAAAACAGCAUGGGUUAAAGGACCUUCUGGGACUUGGACAACUGUCCUGGACCCAAUGGAUCGGGGCGGUCCCUAUGCACUGACGGCUGAGCAAGGCUUGGAGAACGUGACACUGCAGGACAUCUACUUUGGAGAUGUGUGGCUUUGCAGUGGGCAGAGCAACAUGGCAAUGACAGUCCUGCAGGUGGCCAAUGCCAGCCAGGAGCUCGCCGCCGCCGCUCGCUAUCCCUACGUCCGUAUCUUUGCUGCGGCACAUGCCCGCUCUGAAGUGGAGCUGGAGGACCUGGAGCAGAUUGAUUUGCCGUGGUCCAUUCCAACAGCUGAAAACCUGGGCCAUGGGAAUUUCACCUACUUCUCGGCCGUGUGCUGGCUGUUGGGGCGCUCCCUGUAUGAGGCUCUGGGGUCUCCCAUCGGGCUGGUGGAGGUGGCCUGGGGGGGGACCCCCAUCGAGGCCUGGUCCUCCCGCCGGGUUCUGCAGGCAUGUGGGCUCCCAGAGGACACAGGGAGCACCUCUCUACAUCAGCAUCUCUCUGGCCCACAAACACCUUCCGUGCUCUGGAACGCCAUGAUCCACCCACUGCUCAACAUGACCCUGCGGGGUGUCGCUUGGUACCAGGGUGAGGCCAAUACCUUCCUGAACACAGACCAGUACAACUGCACCUUCCCUGCACUCAUUGCGGACUGGCGCUGGGCGUUCCACACCGGAUCAGCCGGACAGACGGAGCCACUUCUCCCCUUUGGCUUUGUGCAGCUGUCCACCUACCGCCAUCAGAGUGCAGACGACAGCUUUGCCCGGCUCCGCUGGCACCAAACAGCCGACCUGGGGGUUGUUCCCAAUGCCAGGAUGCCCGGCACUUUCAUGGCUGUAGCCAUGGAUCUGGGUGAUGAGUACUCUCCCUAUGGCAGUAUCCACCCCCGGGACAAGCAGAAUGUGGCUCACCGACUGCUGCUGGGUGCCAUGGCUGUGGCUUAUGGGGAAAAGGGCCUUGUGUUCCAGGGACCAUAUCCCACCCGGGCUAUCCUGGAGGUGACCAGGGGGCUGCUGAAUGUCACCUACAGCCAGGAGCUCAUCUGCCGUCAGAGGGAUGCACAGGCAUUUGAGGUGUGCUGCUCCAGCCAGGCAUCCCCGUGCCAGUGGCUGCUGGCACCAGUGGUGGCAGUAGGGUCCCACACGGUGACGCUGGCCCUGAGUGGCUGCAGGACGUUGGUGCUGGGCCUGCGCUAUGCCUGGGCCGAGUGGCCCUGUGAGUACCAGGCCUGCCCCCUCUACAACUCCCAGGGGCUGCCUGCACCCCCCUUCCUGCUGGACACCCUCCCUGCAGGGAAUGCUGCCGGAGGGAGAGAGCUGCUGCUCCUCCCUGGCUCCAGUUUCCCCCUAAAUUAGGGAGAUGAGUGAGCUCAGACCUCUGGCAAAGCACUCAUGGCUCCUGGCACUGUCCCUUCCCAAGCAAGAGAAUCAGAGGCUUCAUUACUACCUUAUUAAUUGAACAACUUUUCAGCUCCUCUGUGGACUCAAGCCAAGGCUGCGGGGUGGGGGGAAGGGGGAAAUACCAAUUUACAAUUUAAUAUAUGAAAAAUUAUGUAAGGAGAAGCAGCAGGACACACCAAUGGGAGCUGAAGCCCUCACUGCUGCUCUCUUGCCCAUGGAGUUGGUCCUGGCCCCCCAGACACCCCAUUUCUCUGGGCAUGGACCACUGAUCCCCAGGGUAGGGUGCUCAUAGGAUCCAGGGAUCAACUUCCAGCUGCAGGGUGGAAAGGGGGAGAGAGGAGCUCUGCCAAAAAACCACAGCCAAACACUAACGCUGGGCUGAGACAGGGAGCUGUGGAGGGCUGUGAGUGCCUUCCACUUCCCUCUCUUAAUAAACAGUUAAGGAACCA